AUGGCCACCGACCCUCCUAUCUUUCGUGGAUCAAAGGAGCCUUUGGAUGCUGAUUUUUGGCUGCGUGCCAUAGAGCAAAAUUUUGGUCUUAUUCAGUGCAAUGAUCAAGAGAAGGUCAAUUAUGCGGCUCAUCAACUUCGUGAUGCCGCAGGAGCUUGGUGGCAUGGAUACAUGGCACAAGUUGGUGAAGGUCACCAAGUGACUUGGGCUGAAUUUCGUGAGGCUUUUCGUGCAUACCACAUUCCCAAGAGUGUGCUCAACAUUAAGAGGAAUGAGUUCCGUAGGUUGCGCCAAGGCAACAAGCCCGUGAUGGAGUAUAUCAACACCUUCAACUAUCUUACCCAAUAUGCUUUGGAGGAUAUCAACACGGAUGACAAAAAGCAAGAUAAUUUCAUGAAUGGGUUGUCUUUGAAGCUCCAAUAUCAUCUCUCUACCACGGAUUUUCGGGAUUUCAAUGACAUGGUUAGCAAGGCGAUCAAGGCUGAGUACAAGAUGAAUGCAUUUGAAAAUGAGAAUCGCAAGAUUGAUAUGGAGAACCGCAAGCGGGCUGCCUCUUCUUCAACCGGUGGUAACCCGCAACGCCCCCGCACGGGACUUCCUCCUCCACCCCGUGCGCCGGGUUUUGGUGCUCCUCAACCCAUGUGGAUGGCACGCCAUCCUCCGGCUCCCCAAGGUCAACUUCCUCGUGCUAUGGGGCAGCCAGGAGGCGGUGGUGGAAAUACCUCUCGUGGGCCAUGCUUCAAUUGUGGCGGGCAAGGCCACAUCUCUUGUGAGUGUCCCUCUCCAAGAAAGGGUGGAGCUGGCAAUACUCCAAAUCCACCAACUCCUCCUCCUCGCCAAGAUGGGAGGAAUGGUCAAAAUUCCAAACGUGGCAAGUUGAAUCAUAUCACGGCGGAAGAAGCUAGUGAGGAUAUGCAAGUUCUUGUUGAGCUUGAUGUCUUUGUGGUGAUUUUCAUCGAUGACAUUCUUAUCUUCUCCAAGACCGAGAAAGAGCAUGCCGAGCAUAUUCGCAUUGUUCUUCAAAAGCUCCGUGAUCAUCGUCUCUAUGCCAAGUUUAGCAAGUGCGAGUUUUGGCUCAAGGAAGUGGCUUUUCUUGGGCAUAUCCUUUCGAAUAAUGGUGUGGCGGUGGAUCCAAGCAAGGUGAAGGAUGUGUUUGAUUGGAAGCAACCCCAAAAUGUUAGUGAGAUCCGGAGUUUUCUUGGACUUGCGGGUUAUUACCGUAGGUUCAUUGAGAACUUCUCCAAGAUUUCCAAGUCUAUGACCGAGUUGACAAAGAAGGGUGUGGAAUUCAAGUGGACCGAUGCUUGUGAGAAUGCAUUUCAAACCCUCAAGACCAAGCUCACCACUGCUCCGAUUCUCGCUCAACCGGAUAUCACCAAGGGAUUUGAUGUAUAUUCUGAUGCAUCUAGAAUCGGACUCGAUUGUGUUCUUAUGCAAGAAUGCUAA